AUGCUUGGCUUUGCUGCUUCCAAUGCUGCUGCUCCACCUCCUGAUGUCCCAGCUCGCCGUUGCUGCUGCUUCAUGGUCCAAUGCUCCAGUGGAGUGAUCCACCCCCAAGAGAGCCCCCAGCCGUUUAGUGCGGCGUACCGGUGCAGCACUGCAGACACCAUGGCAACUCCCCUCGACGUCGACGACGACUUCACCACCUCACCUCCGAACCACGCCACCGGGCCCCCGUCCGGGAGGUUCGAGUGUUCAUUGCGCUUCCAUGUCUUGGUCCGAGUCAAACGUCCGGCUUCUGCAUUCUGCAAGGAACUGCAUACCAACCUGGCAGUGCCGCUCAACUGCAAACAAACUAAGGCACCUCCUCGUGCCAUUCAGCACCCAGCAAAUCAAGGGCAAACCGCCUUGCAGUUGAUCAUGUCUCCGAAUCAAAAUGACCGAUUGGACGUGGAAACACGCCCUUGGACCACUGAACCGCCGGCACUGCUUCUCGCCGCUCAAUGGACCGCUUAUCCCUAA